AUGAAAGGCUCAAAUUUGCCUCCCAAGCACAGAUAUUUUCUGGACAUUUUUUUUCCCAAAUCAGCUUCAUAACACCGAAUUAUAGAUAUUUGCAGAAGUGUUAGUUUUGGCCGUUAUUGUAAAAGGAUCACAACACACACACACACCCAACACCUCCACAGGGAGAGAUGGGGUUGACCUCUGUCCCCUUCUUUUAUGCUUCAAUAACCAGCAGCAGCGUCUUCCUCACAAAACCUUUCCUGCCUAGACUUGCUUCUCCUAAGCUUCAAUUUUCUAUAAUCCACCGUGUAAAUUCUUUGAGAUCCUCGAUAUCAUUUGUAAAGGACACAUGCUGUAAAGUAUUUUGCAGUCAAGUGAAAGUUGAAGAUAACGUAGAUGAUGAGGCGUGUGAGUUAGUAAAUGGGGUGGAGCUUAACAUAGGAGAGGAAGUUGAUAGCGUCAAUGCCUAUCUUUUCAAGGCCGUGAAGAACAACAAUGGAGCUGGUAUAUUGCUCUUGUCUGACAUCUUUGGGUUUGAAGACUCAUCCACAAGAGAUUUUGCAUAUCGUGUUGCCUGUAACGGUUAUAAUGUUCUAGUACCAGACUUGUUUCGUGGUGAUCCAUGGACAAAGGACAAGCCCAAAGCUUUGUUCGAGCAGUGGCUUGUAGCACAAAACCCACAAAGGGUUGCAAAAGAUAUUGCCAUGUCGACAAAAUGGAUGGUCGAUGAAUUCAUAGCUGCAGGAAUCUCGAAGAAGCUUGGUAUUAUUGGGUUUUGCUUUGGAGGCGGCUUACUGAUGGACGUGCUAGCCCAAGACAAGGAUGGCUUUUAUGGAAUGGGAGUCUCAUUCUAUGGCACAAGGAUAGAUCCAUCUGUUGUUGCUAAUAUAGAAGUUCCUGUAUUGUUUAUUGCAGGUGACAAUGACCCACUUUGUCCUGUCAGUGUUUUACAAGAUAUUGAUAAGAGGAUUAAAGGGUCAAGGGUGGUGAUUUUUAAGGCAAGAGGGCAUGGUUUUGCCCACCGUCCUGAAUCUCCUGAAGAAGAUGGAGAUGCAGAGCAGGCCUUCAUGAUUAUGAAAAAUUGGCUGUAUGAGGGCUUGGUUGUAGACGAUUGACUACUUUCUUGUUUGGUGACAUUCUCCCCUGUAUGUAUGUAUUAUCGGAGGUGAAGUUCUUUUUCAUUCUUUUUCGGUAUCAUUUGUUUUGGGGGACGUGUAUAUUAAUGUGAAGAUCAUGAUGAUGUUUGCAGCCUGUGUCAAUGAUAGUCUUGAUGAUGACAAUGUUCCAUUUCUAGUUGUUUUUUUUUGUUCCGUUUUGUCUAUGAUCCC